AUGACCAAAGAAAGAAGGAACAAUGGUUGUGCCAAAAAGGGACACGGCCAAAUGCAGCCCAUUUGCUACACCAACUGUGCCCAAUGUGCGCCCAAGGACAAGGCCACUAAGAAAUUCAUCAUUCAAAACAUAGCAGAGGCCGCAGCCAUUACGGAUAUUUCUGAAGCAAGUGUCUUCGACACCUAUGCGCUUUCCAAGCUGUAUGUGAAACUACAUGACUAUGUGAGUUGUGCCAUUCACAGCACAGUAGUCAAGAAUCGUUUCGGUGAAACCCAGAAGGACCCAAUAUCCCCACCCCGAUUUAGACUUGUGGGUGCUGCCCAACGACCUCUGCCAAAGUCCAUGUAA